GUUGAUGUGUCCACAGUGAGGACUGUGUCUGUGCAGACAGGAGGCUCCAUCACCAUCCCAUGUAGCUAUGAUCAGUAUUACAUCAACCAUGUGAAGUACUGGUGUAAAGGAUUAGUUUGGGAUGUAUGUUCUUAUGUAGUACGUACUGACCAUCCUAAGAGCAGUGGUAAGACCUCAAUCUCUGAUGACAUCAACAAGAGAAUCUUCACUGUGACCAUGACUGACCUGGUUUCAAGGGACUCUAAUACUUACAGGUGUGUUGUGGAGAUCAAUAGAGGACCAGAUAUCAUGAUACAAUGGUUCUACCUGUCUGUCACUCCAGGUACUCCAGAACUCUAUGUGGACCAACAGGAAGUGACUGGAGUAGAAGGAGGGAGUGUCACUGUCUGUUGUUACUAUAGUAACUCUGGAGACAUGAAGUGGUGCAGGAUGGGUGGUGAUUGUGUGAGUGGGUAUUCUGGGACUUUACAUGGAACAUCAGUGGCAUUAACGCGGACUAGUGAUGCCAACAACAGAAAAGUCUUAACAGUGACUAUGAGUGGACUGAAGAUGGAGAACACUGACUGGUAUUGGUGUAGAGUUGGAGAACUAGAGAUGCCUGUUCACAUCACUGUCAGUCAACAAACUGCAACACAGAGAACCUCUAAGAUGACCUCAACAACCCAAGAUCCAACCCCUCAACAACCCUCUGCCUCUCCAACUGCUGAGCCUGUUCAGACUGACAACACAAGUCAAGGAGAUGAGGGGAACAUGGAGGAAGUCCACCAGAGGUUAUUAUCACUCCUUCAGAUGUUUUAUCCCACAUGUUGUUAGAUAAUAUGAACUCAGAGAAACAUUACAAUUCCAUCAUACACUACAACAGUUAAUGCAAACCAAACACCCUCCCUAAAUGCAUAUAGAGACUGUUAUCACUUCCUCCUGGGUAGA